GAGAAGAGAGAGAGAGAAAUGAAACAGAAAUGAAACUUAUCAUAGUUUUAUAUUAUAUGAUGAGAAACCAAGAGAGAGGAAAUUAAAGUGUUUUAAUCAGUAUAAGAAAUAUAAUAUUUGUCCACCACCAACAUCAUAAUCAUCAUCACCAUAAUUUACCACCUUCAUCAUUAAUUAUCAUCAUUCAUAUUCAUCAUAAUUAACCAUCAAAUUAAUCAUCAUAAUCCAUUCAUCUAAAUAUCAACAACAACAACAACAACAACAGCAACAAUUACAACUAUAAUCAAAGAGCCAAACAAACAACAGCAACAAUUUAAUCAACAUUAGGAUCAAACUUCAUCGCAAUUAUCAAAUUAAACUCACCUUUACCUAGAAAUCAUCAUCAUCAACACCAUCAGAAUCAUCAUUAGCAUCCUCAUCACCAACAGCGACAAUAUUGUGAUCAUUUGCAACAUAAUUAACUACAACAGUUAAUCAGUGUGUUAAUUGUUUACCAGGAUGCCAAGAAAGAAACAGGAACAACCUAAACGAUCAGAAUUGUCAGAUUCACCCUUGGAUCAGUUGACAGUUGCAUCUUCCUCCAUUGGCAAUGGUUUAGAUGAGAAUUCAAAUGAUAAAAUUAGUAAAACUAUUCCUCUGGGUCCAAGUGACAUUCCACCUCCACCCUCACCAAGUGGACCAAACACUUUGGAGCUACUACAACGAACCACCGAACAGGCUCUUCAAAACACUAUGCAGGGAAGUUCAUUUCUAAUGAACGGUCUAAGUGACCUGGAGGGAGCCGAUUUUCUCAAAUUUCGUAAAGAUGGUAAAGAAAGUGAUUCCAAUUAUCGGCAUCGUUGUCGAUUCUGUGGUAAAGCUUUCGGCUCCGAUUCAGCCCUACAGAUACACAUUCGUUCACAUACCGGAGAAAAACCUUUCAAAUGUAAAGUUUGUGGUAACCGUUUCUCCACCAAGGGUAAUCUUAAAGUUCACGCUGAAAGACACACCGAUAAAUACCUUAGACUUUCCCAUGGUGAUUCCGAGGGAGAAGAUGAGAAAACCAAUGAUGGAACCUCUCAUCAUGGUGCUAACAAUGGUCAAUCUCAUGGCAAUAAUAAUAGUAAAGUGGGUGAUGAAUUUGCAGAGGAAGAUGAAUCAAUGUGCUCAUCAACCAAUGGUGUUACCGAUGAUGAUGAAGAUAAUGAUAAUGAAGAAGAUGAUGAUGAUAAUAAUGAUGAUCAUCAUCACCAUUCCUCCUCCAAUCAACCACCCAAAACAUCAACACCCGAUUUAAAUUCAUCAACAUCAAAUCAUUCAACAAUUACAACACCUUCAGGUCUUUCGCUGUCAACAACAACAACCACCACAACCACUACACCCAACAAUAAUAAUAACAACACUUCAACAAUUACCACCGCUGGGUCGGCCUCUCCGUCAACACCUCCGCCGCUCUCGACAACACCAAGUGGCAGUUUAGCACCAACAGAUACACCAGGAGCCGCUGCACCGGAUCCAAACUUUUAUCAAGAUUUAUUACCCAAACCUGGAAGUGCUGAUAACUCAUGGGAAAGUUUAAUGGAGAUACAAAAAGCAUCUGAAACUCAUAAAUUACAACAAUUAGUUGAUAACAUUGAACAUAAAUUAAGUGAUCCAAAUGAAUGUGUAAUCUGUCACCGAGUACUUUCCUGUAAAUCGGCUCUUCAAAUGCACUAUCGGACCCACACUGGUGAGCGACCCUUCAAGUGUAAAAUUUGUGAUCGCGCUUUCACCACCAAGGGUAACCUUAAGACCCACAUGGGAGUUCAUCGGGUUAAACCUCCGCUUCGAGUGCUUCAUCAAUGUCCAGUGUGUCACAAACAGUUCACUAAUGCAUUGGUACUACAACAGCACAUUCGUUUACAUCCCGUUCAUUUACUUGCCUCUGAAGUUAAUCGAAGUGGAUCUUCCCGAGUUUCCGGUGGUGAAGGUCCAGGGGGAGGUGGUGGUGGUGGGGUUGAUGGUGGUUCUCCGGUGUUACCUCCUUCUUUUCAUCAUCAUCAUUCUCAUCAUCAUCGUUCACCUUUAAUGUCUCCCGCUGCAGCAGCAGCGGCAGCGGCAGCAGCGGCGGCUGCUGCUUCCGGAGUAACGGGUAAUCAUUAUUUACCAAUGAAAGAUAUGAUUCUAUCAUUGGCAAACUCAUCUUCCGCCGUUGGUGGUGCUCUUGACUUGACCCCACGAAAUGGUUCAUCGUCAUCAUCUGGUGUCUCAGCGGCUGCUGCUGCGGCUGCUGCGGCGGCCGCUGCUGCUGCUUUCGGUAUGAAUCCAGUUAAUGCGUUAGGAUUACGUUUACCAACAUUGUCUUCUUCCUCGCCUCGAUCACCACGAUCACCUCGAUCAUCUCCGUCAUCUUCAUCAUCCAUUCGUUCAGUAUCACCAUCAUCAUCACUUGCACCUUCACCUUUAGCACUUUCAAAUUAUAAUCAGCACUCUCAUCAUCAUAAUUUACGCUCAUCAUCUCACCGAUCUUCACCUUCUCGUCACAAUGUGACCCCUCCAAAUACAACAACAGUUUCAAAUUCGGGAUCUUCAUCAACCCUUGAAGACAAUGGUGCCGAUCGUGGGUCAACACCUUGCCCAAUGGAAGAGGCAUUAAUGCCUAAUCCUCCCUCUGCAUCAUCAACCAGCGGUGCUUUAGAUUUAACUCCUAGAAAUGGUUCGGAGAGAGGUGGAAGCAGUCGAAGGCCAGAUUCACCUCGAUCAUCACCUUCACUUUCCUCAGCUCGGACACCAUCACCCUCCCCCUCAUCAAUAUCACCCUCACAUCCACUAGCUUUAGGACUUCACCAUUUACAACACCAACGAAAUUUAAAUUCAUCAACACCAAACUCCCUUCCUUUAGGUGCUUCCUCAUCUUCCGCUGCCGCUGCUGCAGUUGCCGCUGUAGCCACAGCAGCAGCUCAAGCUUUAGCAGCUAAAUCACCACUCUCACCUGGAGCGGGCUCAUCUAAAUCUGGCUCAAAUGGAGCUCCAGUUGCGGCUGCUGCUGCCGCUCUUGCAACGGCGGGUGGAAUAGCAGCUUCAAGAUUAUUUAACUCACCAUUUGCUGGCCUGCAAUUCCCCACCGGUCGUCCCAAUACAACUUGUCAAAUUUGUUUCAAAACUUUCGCCUGUAACUCAGCCCUUGAGAUUCAUUAUCGAUCUCACACCAAAGAGCGACCCUUUAAAUGUUCAAUAUGUUCAAGGGGAUUCUCAACUAAAGGUAACAUGAAACAACACAUGAUGACACAUAAAUGUCGUGAUCUACCCCCAGGGCUUUACACUUCAUCACUUGCAUCAUUCAACACAUCCCAACAUUCAAAUUCCUUGACCGGAAAUAGUUGCAAUCAAAAUAGUAAUUCAAUUAAUUGUGAAGAGGGUAAAGAUGAAUCAAAUGCAAGUACCACCUACAUGUCCACCUCCUCUGGUCCAGCUCAUUCAACUACGGGUCAUGGUGAUACGAGUUUCAUUGACGGUGGAAACGAUAUUCACAGUAGUGGUAACACCGAGGGUGGUGGGGGUGAUGAAGGAUUGGAAGAUGAUGAUGGAGAAGAAGCCAGUGAAAGAGGUGAUAAUGAAGAGGAUGACAUUGAUGAUGGAGGGGAAGAUAUUGGUGAAGAAGGUGAAUUAACCGGUGGUGAUAAUAAUGGAAACAAAAAUCAUGAUAGAUUAGCAUCAUCAUCAUCAUCAACAAGCUCAUCUCAUAGCUCCGCGUUGCCUCAUCAUCAACAUCAUCCUCAUCAUCAUAAUAAUAAUCAUCAUCAUAAUCACCAUCAUUCUCAUCAUUCUCAUCAUCACAAUCAACCUCACCAUUCAAAUCAUUCUCAUCAUCAUCAUCAUAAUCGACAUUCAUCAUCCUCGGUGGCCACACCGAAUGGUGAAGGUGGUGAAGCCAAAACAAAUUCAUCAUCAACCUCAUCUUCAUCUCGAUCUUCAUUAAAUAGCACUAAACAUGUUUGUGAGAAAUGCAAUAAACCCUUUUCAAGUCACAGUGCAUUACAAAUCCACCAUCGAACCCACACCGGUGAUAAGCCCUUUAAAUGUCAAAUUUGUAGUCGACCCUUUACCACUAAGGGUAAUCUUAAAGUUCACAUGGGAACUCAUGUUUGGAAUAACAGUUCAUCCCGUCGGGGUCGAAGGAUGUCCAUUGAUCUACCUAAUCUCGCACCUUCAACACCUUACUAUCCAUUCCUGAUCUCACAAUGAUGAUAAAGAUGAAACCUCUUGGAGACACAAGAAAACAUAGUCACUCUUAUAAAAUUAAACACUCACAACGUAAACAAACAAACUCAAUUUCCACUUCCGCAUUAUCGUCAUCAUCAUAAAUGCAAAUAAACAAUCAACAAUUAACUACGAAAAGUAUUAUCAAUAUAUAUAAAUGGAGAUGGAAAAAAAAACUUUUCUUUUUUUUCUUUUCUCUUCUGUGGACUUUCCAGCAUCGAAAAUAGACAUUAACGUGCUAAAAAAUAAGAAGUGACCUGAUCUUCCGACAAAUAAUUAGAUGGUAAAGGUUGAAGAUUUGCCGAUCCAUCGGAAAGAAAUUUUUUCUACCCAAGUUUCGAGAUUGAAUUCGACAGGGAGAUCAUCAAUUACCCUUUAAUGCUCAAAUUUCUGUUAAUCUAUUUGUCUCUCCCUCUCUUCAUUUCGCUUUUAAAUCCUGACCUGAUACCCGUUCGAGGAGUUUCUUCUCGAUUUCUCUUCGAGCCUGCUUGAUAAAUCUCUUGAUCCUGGUAUUUUAUUCAAAUCAAAUGUGCAAUUAAUUCAAUUCACCACAAGUUCAAUUUGAUUCAACUCGAAAUUUUGAGAUAAAUUUUCCUUCGAAAAGCAAAACUUUGGCGAAACUUUUACUUCGUUAACGAUAUUACAACAAUCUCUCAUCUAUGGAUUUAGGUAUUCACUGUCACGCUCAUUAAUCCACCAUUGACACACCCAAUAAAACUGAUAUUAUAUUAGCUAAGCACUUGUAAUUAACUAAAAUAUGCGUUAUCUAAAUUAAGGAAAAGUUUUAAUUAUCAAAAAGGAAACACCAACAAUUAAAAAAAAUGAGACCAUCAAAAAGAAAACACAAAAACUUCAUCUUCCAUUAUCUCUAUCUUCAUCGUAAUCUAAUCUUCAGCUUCCUUAUUAUCAAUAUUGGAUAAAUCCUCUUGUUUCUCUUUCUAAUGCUCAUCAUCUUCAUCCUCAUCCUCAUCAUCUUCAUCUUCAUCAUCAUCAUCAAUAUGUAAUAUUAAUAAAAAAACUACAACAACAAUUUAAACAGAAAUCAAUGUAACAUCAAUCAAUCAACUAAUCAAUUUAUGUUGCUUUUACCUUAUAUCAUUUAAAUGUUUCUCUCUCUCUCUCUCUCUCUAUUUAAGUCUUUCUUAUCUUCUUUAUCUUCCUCGUCUUGUCUUCCUCUUUUCACCUUUCUUACUUGUUCAAUUCCUUAACUUGAAUUCGCAUUUGUUUUAUCAUCUCCAUCAUCUUCAUCACCAAAAACACCAACACAAUCAUAACAAACUCAACACGAGGAUUUAUGGUUAUCAUAACAUGGGAAUAUAAUUUAUACACUAUCAUCAUCACCAUUCUCAUCAUCAUCAUCCUCAUCAUCAUCUCUCUCUCUCUCUCUCUUUCUUUUCUCUUCUUUAGGGUUGACAAAUUAUCAUGUACUGUGUUAUUAGCUAAGUAAAAAAAUAAACUGUGUUAAUAUUGGCUUAAAUUCAGUUGUUGUUGGUACUUAUUUUUUUUCUUAAUAUUCUCAUGGAAUCGGAGGUUUCAUGGUGAAAACUUUUCUCGAAUCUUCAUCUUGACAGUUAACAAUAAUAUUCACAAUUUAUAAUCAUUACUGAUUUAGUAGAGAAAUGGAUGAUCAGGUUGAUUAUGUGUACGCUUAAAUUGUUGGUGUUUAAGAUUAAUAGUCUAACCCUGAGUUUCCUAUUAGAAGCAAAAAUUACUAUUAUUAAGUGUAAAUU